UUAAAAUUCAUUUUUUUAAUAUUUAUAAAAUUUAAUUAUGUGAAAUAGAUGUUUUUUGUAUUUUUUACCUUAUUAUUCUGUAAUUUAACUGGGAUUCCAUUCGACAGUAAAUUUGUUGUUUCAUUAAAUGUUAUUUCUCCUCUAAAAACCAGUAACAUAUAUUUUAACACUCAUGAACGCGUUAAUAAUGCAAAAUUUAAAAACACAUCCGAGAUAAAACCAGAUUCACAGUACAAACCGUUGUCAUUUAUAGUAAACUCUUGUAAUUUUAAUCUUUUCAACACAACAACUGAAUAUAAUAUACAGUCAAAUUAUGAAAAAUACAACCAAAUUUGUAAUAUAAAUCGCAAUUUUAAAUUACUAUCGAAUCCAAAUGACCAACACACUGGUUCAUCCGAUAACAAGUGGGCCUCCUUGCGAGUUUGGAACAACCCACCAAAAUAUUCCGAAAACAAGUAUAUGGUAAAGUACCCGAAUCUUGGAACGGAAUCUCAGGACGAUGAAAGCAAGCCUGUGAAAAUGUCGAGGAGAAAAAAGUUUCUUGAAUUUUUUAUCACAACUCCUCCGUGGUCGCCUGCAGAUGACCUAAAAAACCCAUAUAUGAUGGGUAAGGAUGACUUAACCCUUUCUUUGGAAAAAUGGCCUGAGAACUGCUUUCUCAGAGUAAAAAUAUACUCUUACUAUAAACAUCUGGCCACCCUCGCUGUCAGGAGAAUACAAUUGGGAUUAAAGGAUAACAAGAACCUCAAGGUCACUAACCCUAUGGGACUUCCUAUGAGGAGAAAGAGGUGGUGUUAUAUGUCGUCUGCAUUCGUGGACAAGAGGUCCAAGGAUCUUAUUGAAAUCCAAGAACACGUAAGGGUUGUGGAUAUUGUCCCCGUGAAUAACGGCCAGCCAAAGAACUUCAAAGGUUUACUAAUGGUUCCAAUGCCUGAUCUCGUUAGCUUCGACUACUGGUUUGAGGAGGUUCACAAGCCUGUCAAAAGUAGGCUUAUCCAUGAUCUUUUUAAGGAUAGGAAGUGGGUGUCUAAAUACUUCCUCUAUCACAGGGAUAAGCACGAGAAGAAGGAACUGAUUGAUAAGUUGACAUCUCCCGACCUGAUUGAUGAAAUACCUCUGCGUUGGAAGAGAAAACACAAACUAGAUUAUUUUUUCCUACAGCUUUGCGAGUUGAGGAAGUUAUACAACUUCGUGGUUUCUAGAAAAGCUGAGGACGAGGCGCGUAGGUUCUAUAACGUGAGGAUGCCAGAGAUUUGGGAGGUUGACGACGUAAGGUUCGUUGGAACGCAAGAAGACAGGCAGUACGACCCUGACUAUUCUAACGUGGACAAAUUAUAGUUUAUUAAAUUAAAAAUGUAAUAAUGAAUCUAGUUUACAUAUA